UUUUGACAUGAUACGUGAUCUGUGAUACUGUGAAUUUAUUUUGAUUUGUUUUGAUUUCUGAGAUGAUGAGAGAUUGAGGAUUUGAUAUAAUAAUUAUCGGUUCUUUAUUUUUGGAGCAGAAUGGAUGUUGACUUACUGCGGCCGGGCACAGUGCCUAUAUCUCCUGAUACUGUUUUGUGGUUUGAAUUCCUAUUAGAUCCAAACUUGCUGAAACAGCAUUUGUGUAAACCUAACCCAGAACCUACACCAUGCGAGUUGAUAGAAGAAUUCUUGUCUGUGGACUCGAAGCACUCAAACUCAAAGCCUACAAGCGAGAGAGUAGUAGAUGUUGAUGCUCCGCCUAGCCCUCCAUCUGUUACUACUCCCACAAGCUUACAGUUUACUCGUAAACAGUUAGCGCUGAAAAUUCUUGCAUUAAAAGUGGCAGCAACUUUACAUUGGAACUUGGAUAUACUUGAAAGUAAACUGCCGCCACAGACGCAGCAGCACUUGAUGCAGGAUCUUGUUUAUAUGGCAACAGAUACUUCUUUUGCUGUACCACCUAUGGAUAUACCAUCAGAAUUUAUACAUAAAGCUCAAGUACAGUUUGCCCUCAUACUGUACCACAGAUGGGUUCUUAGAUUUCCAGUGAAGGCUGCUCUUUAUUCUAAAUCAACUAAAAUGGCUUUUGUUCACAUGCCUGGAUUGCAAGGAGAGAGUGGCUACAGUCCGCUGAAUCAAAAUUUUGAAAAAAUCCUUCGGAUGUGUGAAUCUUCCCGCAUGCAAAGCAUUAGAUACUUAGAUAGUGUAUUAUCUUACUAUGAAGCAACAAUAGGUAGAAGAGAGGCAAAGAAAGUGAAAAUACCAAUUAUGGAAGCUUUUGUUCACCUCACUGAAGAUUCUGAUGACAUGAACCAUAAUUGGAAUGCUGGUGACAUUCUUAUAAGCCAGUACGAGUUGGCAAUGCAGAUACAUUUUGAUCUCUGCUACAAUUACUUCUUUUAUGGGCAACAUGAUCUGGCAAAGCAACACAUAUUAGGGUGUAGAGAAAAUUCAAGCCUACUUGAAAAAGAAAUUUCUACGUUUGGCUAUGGGAAGCAUGUCACAAUGCCAUGGGGUAACUUUUAUUAUGCCAGUAUGACUGAGGAUGAUAUUUUAGGUUAUAUAAGAGCUCUUAAUCUAGGGUAUGAAGUCCUGAAUGAAGAACCAUCCCUCCUACAAAAACUCCAAGAAGCUGUAGCUAACCACUACACAGGCAUUAUAGCUAUUCUUCAAGCAGAUAAUCUGGCAAGAGAAAUCCCAAUGGUACACAGAGAAGUUGUUGAACUUGAUAUCCAAGGAUCUGCUUCAAGCGGAGCAUUUACUGUCGCUAGAGAUCUAUUGAAUCGUGUUGCAGCUUUAAACGCGGUCAGAUAUGCUCUCGAAGGAGGAAUCCCGUCCACUCAUCCUGACUUCAUAAAUAAGUUUAAAACAUUUGGAAUCAAAUUUUUUGAUUUACUUUUUUGGGCGAUAGCUCCAGUUUUGACGUCCGAUUUAUCUGAUAUCGAUUGGGACAAUCUGAAGAUGUUCUUUUUACAUCUAGCUACGUCGCAGUUGAAAAUACCAAUAGAAAGAAUAGAUGAAUAUUUGAAAAAGUAUGUGGGCGAUGCAGCAGAAAGUAUAAGAAAGAGAUUAAUAUCCAAUGAACAGUUGAAUGAAAUAUUGAACGACCCCGCCAACAUUGACGAUGAAAAUGUUGAUAUUCCGCGGGAGCUUCUAACAGAGGAUUGGGAUGUGCCUGAUUUCGAAUGUAAAUCUGUACCAGAGCUUGAAAUUGGUAGAUUGAAAAAACGCCUUAUUGAGGCGUCUACGGCAGACGACGUGCGAAUGUGUUUAGUGAAACUCGCAAUGAUGGUUCCUUCUUCACCAUUAUGGAAGUUGAAUCCAUCUUGGAAACCUCCAGGGGGAUUAGGCAAUGCUUUGAUUUCAUUGCCGCGUGGAUUUUUGCAAGAUUUUGGAUAUGUUGUGUCCGGUGCGGCGAGGGCUCGCGCUGAAGCCGGAUGCUCGCGAACGGCCUUAUCACUACUUUCAGUAUUAGAAGGCGAAGCUCGAAGCCAACUCGGUGGUAGUUCGGAUCCUAUACUGUACAGGCUUUGUCGUCAGUUGUCAUGGGAAGUGUUGUUGCUUCAAGUAAAUGUCAUGCUGUCUGAGUGGCCUCACCAUCGUAUUAAUCUGUCGGUUUUGGCUGAUAAAUGCAAGGCUUGCAUAGCUGCUGCAAAUUCGGGCGACAGUAUUAUUCCUCGUCCCCAAGUAAUUGAAUCAUGUUGGACUUGUCUAGUGAAUGCUUGCGAGUGGGAAGGGGCGGGCGUGGCCAGUGGGCCAGGGGAAGCUGCGUCGGCGUUAUGUGCUGCUUGUUGCGAGCUACAAAGAGGAAAGGGUUCAAGGAAAUUCCCACGAGCAUUGUGGGACUACACUUUAUCAAUAUACAGCAACGGAUCAAGCGGCCCCGUUAAGCGGUCGGCGGGCGGGAUGCCGUCACACUCUCGGGAUGCAACGAACGUGGCAGCGGAAGCUAGAAACUCCUUUAACGGUUUCUUGGCUACAUUGCGCGAACCUCUGGCAGUCAGCGUCAUGAUGUCCCUCCUUGCAAGGAUACACAACCUGCUUAUAGACGACAGUUCGCUGGAACUUGUCGUUGAGUACACAAAUCUUUGGCCGUCGAACAUCUCCAAUAUAAACAAUUACAAUGUGAAACACGUUCUGGAAUCUCUAACUGAACUGCUCGAGAGGAGUUUGAAGCUGUACCCGUAUAAUACGUCAUGGCUACGUCUAUACGGCGACGUAGAAAUGGCUGGAAGUCGUUGGGCGGCCGCUCUGCGCCGAUACCUAUGCGCCUUGGCCGCAGCCACGUGGCACUUCGCGAAGAGGGCGCCUGAUGAGGGCGGGCUGGCUCGCCGCGCUGCUCGAUGUUGCCAGGCACUCUCGGCGCCCACGCAGGCAGCUGCGCUGUGCCAACUGCCUGACGAGCCUGAUUACGCGACCGCUUUUAAAUGCCUUGCUGAGAAGACUGGUAAUGCAGCUGAUGCAAUGGAUGGCUACUAUGGCUGUCUGUGGGACGGGACUCUGUUAGAAGUAGGCGUUGCUUUGCACGCGCGUCGCGGGGAAGGAGGGCGCCGGUCUAGGGCAGUGAAGGCCGCCGGUGCGCUCGAACUAAACGCGAACAAUAGUGAAGACAUACAAAGAGAAGCUGCUGCUAUACGACGCGCUAGACUGCUCCGGGCACUUACUAAUCAAUAUGUUGCAUAAUAUCAAAAUGUAAAUAAUAUUAUUAUUAAUAAUAUAUUUCAAUUUUCAGU